AUGGACGUGCAGCCAGCCUCCAGAAACAAGACGACAAACAGUAUUCAUGCUCAGAGCAGCAACCACAGGAGAGGUCAGUGCAGUGAGUAGAAGGCAGCUGUCUGAGCUGUUGAGGAUUUUAACAUUUCUCCUUCCAUGCAGAGGAUUAGCUCUAUAACUUUUUACAUUCUAGAGCACAGCUCCACAUAACUAAGCAUAAAUGAGCGAUACAAUUCUGCCAUGCUGAGAAAAUGCCACAACAAGGAAAGAGCUUUAAAAUAACCAGUCAGUUAAGCAAAAGGCUAACAUUUCUAUGCCCAAAUUGCCAGUCAUAUGUUGUGUCUCAUCUAUAGCACAGCAACCUGUCACUAGCCACGGUUUAAUAGCCGCUUCCACAGUGUUACAGUGCUCUACCACCCGGAUAUAAACAAGCACAGAUGACAAAAAAUAUCAUCUCGUAGGUCCUUGGAAAAUAAGCUAAUCCAUGGCUAACCCAAAGCAUUUUUUUCUUUAUGUUGAGGUUUUCUGUGGGCUAAUCAAGUUAGUCCACUGAGAUAUGACAAAGCAAAAUCUCUGUCACUGUGUCUCUUUAAGCACCUGUAUUAGAAGUACCGAUGGCUUAUAAAGCAACAAUUUAUCAUGGUGAAGAUAAUCAGACUUUUGCCCCUGUGACGUAAGGUGGGGCUGGUCUCGGUUUCUGAACAGUGAAUAAUGGUCUUACAAGCUUUUUGUGGGGUCAGUUUACUUAUAUUAACAAGCGUUGGGUCUUUGAAAGCUCUAUGCAAACCCUUAUCUCUCUAUUAGUGCAUGUUCUGAUGAUCUUGCAUGUUCCUAUGUGUUUGUUGGUUUUUGUGUGUUUAUCAUGUUCAAAAACAGUUUAAAAAACUAUCUAAAAGAAAAGUAAAUCUUGUACUCCCUUUUUUUAAAUUUGGCUUUCCUUGUCAGCCAUGUCAAGAACCAAACUUAUUGUCUCUUCUUAAAAAUGAUUGAAAAAAAACAGAAUAUUAAAGGUUGUUGUAUUUUUCUUUGUAAGGCAUUUUCAACCUCCUAAAUGUGUAACAUUAAAUGCUGCCGAGCUGAACAUGAUGUAGACUGUCCUGGCUGCAAGACAGCCAAAUGCUAUCAGUAUUUAAACAGUUCAUUUUUCUGUUGAUGUAUGUAUUGGUAUUUUAAUAAUUUUAUUUGCGUUAUUUGUCUCUCAGAUAAUGGAGUGAAAGCUGAGACCUCUCCUGGUCCGUCAAACCCUGUCCGAACGUCCAGGACUCACAAUGAGCUUCACAGAGAGCUGCUGCUGGCCCACAAGAAGUAGGUGACCAGUAUGAGCCACGAAAUGGUCCAAACAUCAUGUAAUAACUUAUUACAAACAUGAUUUCAUCUUUAAAAUUAAGGACAUGAACAGAGACCCACUCAGCUUUCUUAAAAGCUUGCAUGUGCUUUUGUGUCCAGCAUAUAAACGCCUCUCAAGCCUCUCUGUGCAGCCAUUCUUCUCUAAAGCAGGCGUCAUUAAGAAUACAUGAGAGUCUCAAACUUGCAAUCAUACACCUUCUCUCCAUGCUGAUGCAGUGAGUUAGGCCAAAGGGGGCACGAAUCUGUGAAAGGUGAUAUGCUAACAGGAGAGCUGAUCUGGAUCCACGGCCAGCGUGUCCUGAUAGCACCACUCUGCACAAGUGAAAGGGGUAGAUGCUCGUGAUGCUGGUUAUCUGCUAAUCCACACAAUUUAUCAAACUCAACCCUGAAAUCUUUGCAAGUUUAGGACCAGAUAUAACUUUAAUUUAACAGAAGUCACAUGCAUUAAUGACAUAAAGCAGAGUACAGUUGCCUCUUGUGCAUUUUAAUAAUUAUAUUCUUGUCUAACUUAAGCUCCGUUUCUUCCUCUAUGGGCUCAGGGGUUUGGCGCUAAGCAGCAGGUCAGAACUGCAGCAGGUGUUGGAGAAGAGGAAGAGGGUGCAGAAUGACCAGGAAGAGGUGGGACAGAGCAGGUCGCCUCUGGAGGACGUGCUGCUCAGACGACAGCAGAGACAACUGGAGGUAUUAGAUACUGUCUGUAGAGUCAGUAAUGACAGUUAAUGUUCAAUGUAAGACUCAAAAAGCCCUUAACUUGAAUUUUCUGAAAAAAUCCAUCCAAAAAUGAAAACGUGAGGCUCUGAGGGUCUGUGGCAGGGGUCAGCCUUUCCUAGGAGGAGUUGUUUUUGCAUGUUCCUCUCACUAAAAUUACUGUCUGGAGCUGCAAAACAUUUUUAAUCCUUUCCAUGAAGAUAAAGUAGCCUUAGAGUAUCAGUAUCAGGUGAAGAACAGCAUGAAAAAAAGGCGAAAAAUGCCCCUUGUUAAAGAACAGCUUCCUCGUAAUAAGACUAAUGUUUUGGAGCAUCACUGCACAUUUACUUAACAUAAGAGCUUUAAUUUUGAACUCCCCUCAUAGCUGCAGGCUCUCAUCCAUGAGGCAAGAACCAUUUUUGGAUUUAAUAUGGUUCAUUGGUGGAGGUAAACAAAUGACAGGCAGGCCUCCAAAUCUCCUUUUGGUCACAUUUUACUUAUCAGGGAUUUAAUUUCAUAUUUCAGUUAUACGUUUAAGGGUGUUAGGAGGCUUUGAAUAUCACUUUUGUGGUUUAGAGUGAGAGUUUCACCAAUGAAAACAAAAUUAGCCACUGAAGGGGGUCAAAUAGCCACAUGCAUCUCUAAACGGAGUUCCCUGUCUUGGAGUGAAGGUUAGGAAAAACUCCAGGUUAAGUGGUGUCCGCUGUAUGACAGUCAGAUCCUUGGCUCCUCGGGAUUACCAAAACAAGAUUAUUGUGUUUUUGAAUGCCUUAAAUGAAAUCUAGCACUCAGUUGUUUAGCAUGAUCAAAUGAUGAGCAGUGCUGUAAUCUCCCAUUAGGAGAUUAUAGUAAUCUUGUACACAAUAUUUUACUUCUUGUCAAACCAACUCGGUUGGUCAUCUCAAACUUGAGCUGAUUUCAUAGUUUUAGAAAUCACAGCUCUCAACAAGAGCUCUACAGUUUAAGAUAACAGGAUUUGGUGAUGUUGUAUGUCAAAGAAAAGAAAAGAAAAGAGACACACAAUUUUAAGGAAUAAACUUUUUUUUAAUUUUUAUUUUAUGAAAGACAUCAUGAAAACUGUCAGCAAGGAAAAGAAAACUGUCACUCAGGGGAAAUUUGGUUUCUCAAAAAUAUACACAUUUUAUCUUACCAUGCUUUGAGUUUUCCUCUUUAUUUUCUCUGGUCAGAAGGAGAAGGAACAGGAAGACAAAGUUCAGGAAGAGACCCAGCUGAUGGAGUUCAUCAGAGUCCGACAGAACCUCAAAAAGAUCCACUCGGCCAUCCAGAACAAGGCUGCAAACUCCUAA